AUGAUUGAUUUUGUGAGAGAACAAGGAUUUAUAGUAGUUUAUGGAGACACAGAUUCUAUAUUUUAUUCAUUGCCAGAAUCAUAUUUUACAGAACUUGAUACUAAGUACUCUGAUGAAUUAUUAUCAAAAAAAGAAUAUUGGGAGGAACAGAUCAAAUUAACAAUAUUAUACUCGAAGAUACUAGAAAAAAAUAUUAAUGAAUACUUGAAACAAAUUAUAAAAUCUACAUACUUGAAGAUGGCCUAUGAAAAAACAAUGUAUCCCUUUUUAAUUUUUGGAAAAAAAACAUUAUGUCUCAAAACCAUCAAACAUAAUAUGCCAGAGUUUUACAAACUAGUAGCAAAAGAAUUAAUAUAUUCUUCACUUGGAUUCAAUAAAGAUUUCUCUAUCAGACAAGAAGAAAUAGACCAAAAAGAAUUAGUCAUACAGAUAAUUACUAACUAUGUCAAUAAAAAAGAAACACUAUUAGACUUGUUUGUUCUUACAGCAAAGUUUGAUUUAACAUAUGCUUCAGUAUUAGCAGUCAAUUUUAAGCAAGCUAUUAAAAAAAUAAAGGAAAUAUUCGAUGCUGAGGAACUUAAAAAACAACGAAUAAUAACAGAAUUUUUUGUUGAAGAUAACCAACAAAAGAUAACUGAGUUUGAAAAUAAUAAAAAACAAAAAACUCAAUCGAAACUAGACAAAUUUUAUUACUCUGAUAUACCACGUAAACAUAAAUUACAAGCUGACGAACAACUAGAAUCAACUUCAAAGAUCACAUUAGAUGAUAAAAGAUUUAGUGAAUUUCGAAAACUAAAAUUUGUGUACAAAACAUUUUAUGAAAAUUAUUAUUACUAUUUCAACAAGAAUGUACAAUACUGUUCCAAAAACAUCUGGAUUGAUAUUGACAAAGAUAGUUCUCGAUUUUCUCAUAAGUUAAGAGUAGGAAAACAACUAUAUGUUGAGACAAAUUAUUUAAAGAAUUUCAAGAGAAUAUUAAUAUUUGUGGAUGCUGAAACAUUUUGUAAAUAUGGAAAAAGCAGAUGCCAGAACUGUAAAUCUUACACAUAUUGUAAGACACAAGAAUUUACUUUCUUUGGAAAUACAGAAUCAGAUUGUAAAAAAGUUUUAAAAAAAUUAGUUCAACCUUCUGAUAAUGAUUCCUAUUUAAGAUAUAAUGUAAAUGUCUGUGAAUAUUGUGAUUCAUAUUUAACAGCGCUUUACCAAGGCCAAAGCUAUAAUGCUCUUUUAGAUAGUGAACAGAUGCCAAAAGCUAAACCAGGAUACUUUGCUGUUUGUAAAGGUCGUAAACCAGGAAUAUAUUUAACUUGGAAUGAAUGUAAUAUGCAAGUUAAUAAAUUCUCUAAUAGAAUUUAUAAAAAAUUUGAUACAUUGAUUGAAGCAGAAAAAUUCAUAAAAAAAAAAGAUGAAGUAUUUGCUUUAAAUAAUAAUGAUUUGCAAGUUUGGACUGAUGGUUCAACAUUAAAUAAUGGUACAAAAAAUGCUAAAGCAGGUAUAAGAGUAUUUUGGAAAGAUAAUGAUCCUAAUAAUUUAAGUAAAAGAUUACUAGGAUUGGUACAAACAAAUAAUCAUGCAGAAAUUUAUGCUGUAAUACGUGUGAUUGAAACUUGUAAAAACAAAAAAAAACCUUUAAAAAUUAUGACUGAUAAGCCAGUUAAAAAUCAAGAUCUAAUUAAAAGAUUAAAAAAACUUAUUGAUAAUAGAAUAGGAACAGUCAAAUUAGUUCAUGUGCGAGGUUAUUUAGAUAACUAUGAAAAUGAACAAGCAGAUAAAUUAGCUAAACUUGGUUCAUUGAAAGAAAAGAUUAUGUUGGAUGAAGAUCAAAGACCUUUUUUAAAAGAACAUGAAUUUGUUCUUGAUAAAGACAGGAAUAUUGUUGAUAAAGUUAGCAGAGAAUAUUUACUUAAAUUACUUUAUCCUGAAUCACCAACUUUACAAGAUCCAAACAAUUUUUUUGACAAAUAUUGGAAUGAGCAACAUGAUUUUUUUAUUAAUGAAGAAGAGAAAAUUUAUGUAAUUAAAAAAGAUGAUAAUAAAGUUUUGGAUAUUUUUUCAAAAUCUUCAUUGAAAAAAUAUUUAGAAUCAAGUAAACAAGAUUAUAGGUUUAACACUUAUCCUUGUUGUAGGAAAAUCAAACUUGUUUUUGUGGAAAAGACCAAUUUACUUAUUAAAGAAACUAUCAAUCAUUGUGAUGUCUAUAAUUCACCUUUCACUAAUCAAGUCAAAGAAGAUUUUAAAAUGAGAUUUCUUAAUUAUGAACAUUUAUCAAAAUUUUUCGAUCAUUAUAGUAUUAGUUGUAAAUGUGAGAUUUAUCUUUGUGAACAUAAAAAACUUUCAGUUUAUAGAAAGAAUAAG